AAAACGUCGGCUUCCACCACCUAAAGGCACGCUAGACAAUCUUGUAGCCUUAUCUCCGCAUUCUUCUAAUUUCGACCAUCCCGUUCCGUCCUUUCGAUCAAACUUCCUCUACCCGCGCUCAACGUCGACCAGUCAAUCACUACCUAAAAGUUCGCGUGCAGCUGGUACCCGAUCAGAACAAACAGCUAGGGCUUAUUUUGAUAUCCCAACGGAUUGCCUCGCGUCUUCAACAUACUCUCACUAAUUAUCCGACGUCACAACCGUCAAGAUGUCGGGCGAGGCGUGGUUAUACCUCUUCGCCGUGCUAAUAAAUGCCGUCAACCUCUUCCUCCAAGUAUUCUUCACGAUUAUGUAUAGCGAUUUAGAAUGUGACUACAUUAAUCCUAUCGACCUCUGCAACCGUCUCAACACGUACAUCAUCCCCGAAGCUGCCGUGCAUGGAUUCCUAACUUUCUUGUUCCUGAUCAACGGAUAUUGGAUGGCACUGAUUCUCAACUUGCCACUCCUUGCCUGGAACAUCAAGAAGAUCGUCGACAACACUCAUCUACUGGACGCAACCGAGAUUUUCAGGAAACUCAAUGUCCACAAGAAGGAAUCGUUCAUCAAGCUAGGUUUCCAUCUAGUCAUGUUCUUCUUCUAUCUGUAUAGUAUGAUCGUCGCCUUGAUCAAGGACGAGACGAAGUAAGCUGUUACACGCUGGGAAUAGCAUGAUAAUACACAUGAUCAAUAUGGAACGGCUAUGACGGAAAUGUGCCUCAUGAGCCAACGAUUACUCGGUUUCCCCCAUGUGCCCACU